AUGUCACAACCGGAGGUUGACCUGGACGGGCUUUCUGAUAGCGAGAAGUCUACGCUAGAAAUGUACAUGGCUGUCACCAGUCAGGAACCUUCCGAAGCAAUUCCGCUACUACGUCGGUCACAAUGGAAUGUGCAGGCCCAGAUCCCGUUGAAGAAGCCCGCGCUGCCUUGGAUCGCCCCCCCCCCCCAACCCAAUCGCCGAACCCAGAAUUUAAUGACCGACGAUUUGACCGAACACUUGUCGCAAGUUGCUCGUGCCACAGCUACAGAUCUGGCGCCACGAGUUAACUUACAGCCGGCAGACCAGCCAACCUACCGACCUCCAUUUAUUCUUAGCCUACUUCUCACUCCAUUUAAUUUGGUAUACCGAAUUCUUUGCAGUUCAUUCCGCCUAUUUGGUGUCCUCUUCCCUUUCUUGCCACGCUUGUUUAACAGGACAGCGAACCCCGCGCUGCAAGGUGCUCGCCGGAAUACCACUGGCCGUCGAUCCCUCGGUCCCAAAGAUACUGCCGCUCGCUUUAUCCGCGAGUUCGAGGAAGAAUAUGAAUCUAUCCCGAUUCCAUUCCUGGAGAACGGAUACAACAUGGCGCUGGAGAAAGCCCAUCGCGACUUGAAGUACCUCCUGGUCAUUCUCUUAUCUCCAGAGCACGACGAUACGGACAGCUGGGUCCGGGAUACUCUGCUGGCACCUGAGGUCGUGGAAUUCAUCAAUGACCCCCAGAACAACCUCCUGGUGUGGGGCGGCAACGUGCGAGAUUCCGAAGCAUACCAAGUCGCCAACUCAUUGAAAUGCACCAAAUUCCCCUUUGCAGCGGUCAUCGUCCAUACACCAAAUGUUUCAUCAACCGCGAUGUCUGUUGUAGGACGGAUCGCAGGUCUCACGACGCCAUCCGAGGUCGUGAACAAGCUCCGGACAGUCGUGACAUCUAACAGCGAGCCCCUGGAGCGACUCCGAUCUUCACGCGCGGAGCAACAAGCCUCGCGCAGCCUCCGCGAAGAGCAAGACUCAGCCUACGAGCGGUCGCUGGCGAUCGACCGUGAACGGGCGCGCCAGCGCCGGGAAGCGGAGUUGGCACGUCAACGCGAAGAACAGGAAGCCGCUGACCGACAGGCGGCUGAAGAGCAACGGCUCCGCGAUCUCGCCCAGUGGAAGCUUUGGCGCGGGCAAUCGCUUAGUGCGGAGCCCGGGCCGGAUGUCAAAGAUGCCGUUCGUAUUAGCGUGCGGCUCCCGUCCGGCGAGCGCAUCAUGCGUAAGUUUGCGCCCGAUGCAGACAUUGAAGAGAUCUACGCGGUGGUUGAGUGCUACGAGAUAUUACAGGAGCAGGAUACAGAGCGUCAUGUGGUGAGUGCGCCGGAGGGGUUUGUGCACCACUACGGAUUUCGACUGGUCUCACCGAUGCCUCGGGUAGUGUAUGCUGUUGAUGAGGGAGGGUCGAUCAGAGAGAAGAUUGGGCGUGGCGGUAAUCUGUUGGUGGAACCAAUCGACGAGGAUGAAGACGAUGCAGAUGAUGACGAGGUGACCGACAUGUCUUGA